AUGGCAUUUCACAUAGCUGGUUGGAGAUAUGUCACUGGCUCCCUCUUUAUCUUAGCCACGUUGGUGCUUCAAAAUUCUGGCUUAAGGGAUGUGAAAGGGUGGGACGUUAUCAUUGAGUUUACCCACAACGAGCUAAUCACAGCUAUCAAGUACGCUCAAGUUGGACCUGAGCUUCCAUACCCAGGAAAGAACCUUAUCAUAUCCGGCAUUCCCGAGCUUAGCGAUACUAUUGUCACGGCGAUUCAUGCUGGGGGUGAUUCUACUUUGUAUUCUGUCAACGCUAGCAUCUCUGGAACAGAGUAUGGAGCGCCUUCUCCUCCAAAAGCUCUACCUCGAACUUUGUACCUUAUCAAUCCUGGCUACAAGUGCCAGAGGGAUUUUCCACAAUUUCCAUCUGAUCGGAGUCUUCAGGGUUUACAUGCGGUGGGGCAGAAAAACUCCAGCCUUCUGUGUUUCAGCUGGAUGCAGGCCGAAACAAGACUGCAGUAUCAUCGUGGCGCUACGUCUUGCCUUCGAGAACAAGUUGGGCGAGCAGGGGACUUGAUGAUUCUGAAGUCAAUUACAAAAAGCACAGACACAGAGGCGAUAUCUUCCAAGUGCAGUGACAACUGUACAUCUCAUGUUCACUGGCACAUUGUGGACUUCUACCAGGAAGGCUUCGUUGCAAAGCAGUGUAUUCUUUUAACAACGCAACAAUUUCCCGUGAUACUGCUCUGUUUUGGGGGCAUGAGUAUAGCAACAAUUGGUUAUUGA